CAAUCAGAAUAGACGCGCUCAGGCUGUCCACGGUCCAGCAGCGCGUGCAACAUGUCCUCAGACGUGCAACUGCGCGAGCGAGCGAGCGAACCGACCGAUCACGGACAAGCACCGAGCGAGGAGUGAACGCCUAAGAGCACAUACACUCAAUUGGCUUGCUGCCCAGGAGAAUUCUGAUUAUUUGCGGUCAAGUCUACAGACCACGGAAAGAGCCUUUCAGAGGGAAGCAGGAUUUUCAGGUGUGAAGGCUUAUGAGCAGUGCCCCUCGUGCAGUAAGGGAGCUUUUCCUGAGGAAGGAACAGAUGGACGGAAUAAACUUCACGUUGGGGAAUUUUUCAGAGGGAAAUGAGACGGAGCCAGAAGUGGAGACGAGCUCCUAUAAAACGGUGGAGGUGGUGUUCAUCGUGCUAGUAGCCGGCUCACUUAGCCUGGUAACCGUGGUCGGGAACAUACUGGUAAUGCUCUCGAUAAAGGUCAACAGAAGCCUACAAACUGUCAACAACUACUUCCUGUUCAGCUUAGCAUGUGCCGACUUUAUUAUCGGCCUUUGCUCCAUGAACCUCUAUACUGUUUAUAUAGUCAUUGGUGCCUGGCCGCUCGGCCCUGUAGUGUGUGACCUGUGGUUGGCUCUGGACUAUGUGGUGAGUAACGCAUCGGUCAUGAACUUGCUCAUUAUAAGUUUUGACCGAUAUUUCUGCGUCACAAAACCGCUGAGUUAUCCGGUAAAGAGGACCACUAAGAUGGCGGGGAUGAUGAUUGCUGCAGCCUGGGUGCUGUCCUUUAUCCUGUGGGCUCCUGCUAUCCUAUUUUGGCAGUUCAUUGUGGGUGGACGGACCGUGCCAGACAGGGAGUGUUACAUCCAGUUCUUUUCAAACGCGGCCGUUACCUUCGGCACCGCUAUCGCCGCCUUCUACCUGCCUGUCAUCAUCAUGAUGGUGCUCUAUUGGCAAAUCUCUCGAGCCAGCAAAAGCCGUGUGAAAAAGGACAACCGAAAGCCUUCAGGCGCCAACACCGGAACCGGAUCGCCCAAUCGGACCCGCAGCCACGCCGCCAACAAGCUGGACAACAACAACGUAAUGGCUGAGGACCCAGACAGAAACCAAACCCAGAUCACAGAUGAAUUGACCAACCAGCUCGACAGCAAAAUGCAGAACGGUAAAGGGCCGUCCACAGCCAGUGGAGAUAGAGAAGGGGAGGAAACUACCAGGGACAACUGCGUUCCUGCUGAGGAGAAAGAAAGCUCGAACGAUUCCACAUCAGGAAGUGGAGCCACGGCUCCUCAAAAACCAGAGGCCAACAACACUCCGACGCCUGCGCGGCAUCACGCCAAGACCAGCGCCUCCAAACUUACCUGCAUUAAAAUUGUCACCAAGUCGCCCAAGGGAGACUGUUACGCUCCAUCCAACACCACCGUGGAGAUCGUCCCGGCAGCCGAGAAACAGGAUCACGUGGCGCGCAAGAUCGCCAAGAUGACCAAGCAGCCGCCCAAAAAGAAAAAAGCGGCUCCUUCCAGGGAAAAGAAGGUAACGCGCACCAUCAUGGCUAUCUUGGUGGCGUUUGUAGCCACGUGGACCCCCUAUAACGUGAUGGUUCUCAUCAAUACAUUCUGCUCCAGCUGCAUCCCCAACACAGUGUGGACCAUUGGCUACUGGCUCUGCUACAUCAACAGCACCAUUAACCCUGCGUGCUACGCUCUGUGCAAUGCCACCUUCAAAAAGACCUUCAAACAGCUUCUGCUUUGUCAGUAUAAGAACAUACGCUCCACCAGAUGAGCUGCGAUAGACGUUUGCAUGUACUUAUGUGUGUGUGUGUAUGUGUGUGUGUGUGUCUAAGUGUCUAAAAAAAAUGUUCGGAGUGGCAGUGUGAAACCUGUGGCAGCUUAUGUGGGGUCUCAUGUUGUUUUUGAUUUCAUUUUAUUUUGUAAUGUGUGGUUUUUCGUAAUCGACACCUUGUUGUAGCACUUUACACACACACACACACACACACACACACACACACACACACACACACACAGAUACACUUGUACACCACAUACACACCAAAACACACAGGUCAGCCAUUAUUUAGGGUUCCUUCUUUAGGGUUCUUUAGAACAGAAGUGAUUCAUGAAUCAUGAAAAUUAUCCUGAUGUGAAAAUUUGAAAUAUAGUAAAAAAAAAAUGUCGAUCCAUUAUUUUUUUGUAAAAUAGAAGUGUAUAAAUGUGAACUGUAAGAUAAUAUAGAUAGCAUGAAUUUACGGUAUGUUAAUUAGGCCGUGAAGCGGAAGAAUAUAGCGUGUUUCAUAUAAAUGUCAUCUACGUAUAGUAGAGUAGCUUAAAAAAAAAAAAAAAGAUUUUAUUUGAGAGAGCAGUGUAAUACUGAAUCUGCACUCUUACGGGGACAAUAGGGCUGACUGAACACUCCAACAAAGUGUUGGGACUUCAGUGUAAAAUAAUACCUGUAAAUACGUGUGUAUAACCUUGUAUAGUGUGUGUGUGUGUGUGUGUGUGUGUGUGUGUGUGUGUGUGUGUGUGUGUGUGUGUGUGUCUGUGUGUUAGAUAUAAAGUUUUGCCAAUAUGAUGUAUGAAUGACUAUUGGCUGCUUUGUGUUUUUCUCUAUAAGUGUGUGUGUGUGUGUGUGUGUGUGUGUGUGUGUGUGUGUGUGUGUGUGUGUGUGCGCUGGUCUGAAUGAGCUAUCGGAAAACCACUCUGCCAUAUCCCGCGCGUAAGAGUGGGAGUGUGGGGCAGCGUGAAGUGCUCAGGCCUCCAGAGAUGCAAAUGAAAGGCUUUUAAACUGAUGACUGAUGAGCGGGGUGAAGAGACUCUUCGAUACCGAGCCUUUUUUAUUUUUGAAUAACCCACAAAUUUGUCGCGAUAUCAAAAUGGGGAAAAAAAAGGCUGGUGAGAACGAAUCGGACGUCGUUUCACGCUCAGAGAUUGGUCGUCUUGAGUCCUUUAAAAAAAAUCGCAUGGUGGAGAAAGAAAACUCUCCGGUGCUUUCUCAUGAAAGAUUCAGAGAUGUAAAUAAGUGCUCGUGCCUGCAGCAAGGUGUUCAUUCAUGAAGGCUGCAGGUGGUUAUGGCGCACUGACAAGCCCGCAGCACUGUUCUAGAGGGAUCCUGUGUUUUUUCUCUCGGUGUAGCAGCGUGUGUAGAGUUGAUGAUGAGAAACGAGUGUAUCGGCGUAUGCAUAAUGCGUGAGGAGCGAUAGAGCUUCCUCUAAGUCUAUUCAUUGUGUUUUGCACACUGAGGCUUUCAGUCCAAGCAAAAAGCAUGCGUGUGUGUGUGUGUGUGUGUGUGUGUGUGUGUGUGUGUGUGUGUGUGUGUGUGUGACUACCCCAGAAUGGGGGGUUAUUCUAAAUCACAGGCUUCGGUCUUGUGAAAUAAAAGGGCUAGAUAUUUUGCACAUCUCAUCACAUCACAUAGUGACACAUGAUCACGUGUAAAAAAACUAAAUUAGCAACGAACGUACACACCAACACAAUCUCAACUUUAGUUGUGUAGCACGCUAGUCACAAAGCAAUUUUACAUGCAUACAUUUAUCCCUAAAGAAUUGUUUUAUUUCUAAGCAUUUUUUUUAUGCAUUUCAAGGCUUUUGCUUCUCUCUCGAAAUACAAAUGUAAACUUUACAAAAAGUGUCAAUAAAACACAACAAAUUCACGUUUAACAUCCAAAAAUAGCUUUUCGAAUUCUUUCACUUGGAUAAACAUUCGAUAAAUUCAACAAUAUUGUAAAUAAUUUCAUUCAAAUCCUAAAAAAAAAAAAUCCUAAAAACUGUCUUUCCCUUCCACAUAUGCACUGCAUUGCCAAAAGUUUGUGGAAACCUGAGUAUAAGAUUUUUGAACAUCCCAUUGCACAUUUAGUCUCCAUUUGUUAAAAAAAGCUUCACUCUUCUGGGAAGAUGCUCGACUAGA